AUGGAAACAGAAAACCACCACCAAUUAGCCUUCCUCGAUGUACAACUCGACAACAGUCAAGAUAACAUCCACACUGCCGUCUACCGCAAACCAACCCACACGGAACAAUACAUUCACUACCUGUCAAAUCACCACCCUCAGAUCAAACAAGCCAUCAUUGCCACCCUCACCCGACGAGCCAUAGCCAUCUGCAAUUCAGACGGCCUCAGCCAAGAAAUCCAUCACCUAAAGCACACCGUCAGUGCCCUCAACGGAUACCCCAAACAGCUAGUAGAGAAGACCAUACGCAAAACCCUGGCCUCCCAGCAAAAAUACCCUAAUCCCAGGUCCAAACAAGCCUCAUCACCUAUCCUCGUCAGUAUCGCAUACCUAGGUCCCAUAAGUCACCAGAUCAGCAGAUUGCUCACCAGUACAGCCAAACUAGAUGUAACUUUCACAUCAGACAGAACACUAAAGAACAUGCUACAUGCUAAUGGGAAAGGCCCCAUUGAGUCCACCCCAAAUCCUAGAGGAUGUGUAUACGAAAUAGCAUGCAACUGCGGAGACAAAUACAUAGGAUAG